AUGUCUAUCUUAUUCACCAUCAGCAGUCUACUAGCAACAUCUAUCUUUGGCGUAAGUUACUUCGGACAUCUGCGAAAAGCAGUUGCUAAUGCAAACGCCGAUCAGUACUUCAUUACCCAUGCCUUUUACAACGCGUUCUUCCAUCCGUUAGCAAAAUUUAAGGGCGCGAGACUAUGGGGUAUGUCUAGGAUACCGUUCAUCAAUGCUAUGCUCUCUGGAACCCUUCCGUUUCGCGUCAAAAGUCUUCAUGAUGAAUAUGGCAGCAUCGUGAGAGUUGCUCCAGAUGAGUUGUCCUUCACAGAUCCCAGAGCAUGGAAGGAUAUCUACUUGAACAAAUCAUUUAUCCGUCCAAAGAUUUGGGGCUCAAGACCACCUGGAGUUGAAGCCCACAACGUGAUAUCAGCUCCAGUCGCUGAUCACGCUCGGUUUCGUAAAGCCUUCCAACCCGCUUUCUCGGAGAAAGCCACACGAAACUACGAGAAAACUGUUCAACACUUUAGCAACACUUUAAUUUCCAAGUUGAAGGAAUACACAGUCAAGGAUGGAGGGGAAACUGCCGUCGUGGAUCUGGUACAAUGGCUGAACUUUACAACGUUUGAUAUUAUCGGCGAUUUAGGCUGGGGCUCUGAUUUUGGGUGUCUUAGGGAUACUCAAUAUCACCCAUGGAUCGCGGUGGUUCUCCAUUUCAAAGCAGUUCUAAUGGCAGUUUCUGUCAAGUACUACCCGUGGCUUGAGGCCUUUCUAAUGAGCAUCACCCCAGCGUCGGCAUUGGCCGAUCUUCAGAAAACACUUGCCACUACGCAUACGAAAGUCAAAGACCGCUUGGCACAUGAACCUGAACACGCAGAUAUUAUGUCGCACGUCAUUGAACAUAACGAGAAGUUUCCAGACUCAUGUCUCUCGCAGGAGGAAAUAGAAGCGAAUUCGAUGGCCGUCGUGGUAGCUGGAAGUGAAACAUUGACUACGGCUUUGACUGGGGCCGUUACCUACCUGCUGAGAGAUCCCAAAGUCUUCAAAACCUUAGUCGAAGAGAACAGGGCAAAUUUCUCGUCGGAGGAUCAAAUUUCGGCUGCAUCCACUGCAUUGCUUCCAUAUCUGACUGCGGUACUUCACGAAACACUUCGCCUUUGUCCGCCUUUACCAGAUGGACUGCGGCGUCAAGUUCCGAAGGGAGGUGCUGUUAUCUGCGGGCACGUUAUUCUGGAGGGUAUGACAGUUUCGGUGCCUUGUUGGGGUACUUUCCGGUCCUCCUCCAAUUUUGCCUCUCCUGAUGUGUUUUUGCCACAACGCUGGCUAAACGAGCAUUCCCCCCAAUUUGAACUUGAUAACAAAGCUGCUUUCCAACCUUUUUCAACAGGGCCUCAUAAUUGUAUUGGACAGCCGUUGGCGUGGAUGGAGAUGCGUCUUAUACUUUCUAAGCUGAUCUGGAAUUUUGAUAUUAAUGCUCCAAAGGGCAUAACUGUAGCUGAUUGGACCACGCAAAAAAUCUAUUGGACAUGGGAAAAGAGCCCAUUAGAGGUGGAACUGAAGAGAGCCAGAUAA